CGUCUGACGUCACCGGGGCUUCAUCUCGUUCCUCCUUCGGUCGGAGAGCAGAGCAGCUAGCCGAGAGCUAACUAGCCGCGGUUUCUGUGUUUGUUCCGUAUUUAAAGACGCAGUUAUUAUAAAGUCUGUUUCGGUGUUUGAUUCUACCGGAUAUCUCUCACCGCCACUUCUAUUCCGACGUCGUUUCUCCGUCUGCGGGCGCGGGAGGACACUCAGAGUCAUGUACAAUGGGAUUGGCCUGACGACUCCGAGGGGCAGCGGCACCAAUGGCUACGUGCAGCGCAACCUGUCGACCCUGCGCGUCAAACGGCCGCGGGAUGAGCGCGGCGGCGAGCGGGACGAGAAGGACCGGGAGAGGCUGGAGAGUCAGCUCAACAGGCAGCCCAACGCCGACAUCCUGGAGCACCAGAGGAAGAGACAGCUGGAGGUCAAGUGUGCCGAGCUGCAGGACAUGAUGGAGGAGCAAGGGUAUUCGGCCGAGGAGAUCGAGGAGAAGGUGAACAGUUUCCGUAUGAUGCUGCAGGAGAAAGAGGAGCCGACUCCCGCCGCCAUCGAAAGGCCAACGGUGACGGAGACUCACGCGCUGGCUGCAGCCAACCAGCAGAAGAACGACCGCCUUCGCGCCGCUUUCGGCAUCGCCAGCGACUACGUGGACGGAUCGUCCUUCCACGCCGACCGCAAGGAGAGGGAGAAGGAGAAGAGAGAGAAGGAGCGCCUGGAGAAGGAGCGGCUGCAGCAGCAGAAGUACACGUUGGUGGAAGAUUCAGAACACUCAGAUUCUCCUCCCAAGAAGCGCAGCCGGAAGAAGAAAAAGAAAAACAAGAACAGAGACAGCAGCUCAGAGAGUCCGUCCCCAUCUCCUCGACGAGAGAAGAAAAAAUCAAAAAAGAAGAAGAAGAAACGUGAGGCAUCAGAAGAGGAGGAAGAAGACGACAGUUCCUCAGAGGAGAAACAGAAGGUGUCAAAGACAAAAAGAAGGAAGAGUGAAAGUCCCAGUCCUCCGAAAGCAAAGGCAAUGCGACACAGGAGCGUCUCCUCCAGCUCUGCUCACAGCCAGUCUCCACCCCCACCGAGAUCACGUCAGCUGGAUCAAAGUGCAAGAAAAGCCGAUGAAGGCAGAAAAGGGAGAUCGCCAGACAGGAGGAGGCGGGGCUACGAGGAGCACAGCCCACAUCAUCAGGGAGGCGAAGGGAAGAGGCCAAAUCACGAGAGAGAAAAAGAGCGACCGAUUGAGACGGAGAAGACGUCCGCCAAGAGGAGACAUGACUCCUCAUCUCCUUCACCACCACCCCCACCACCACAGACAGAAAAAAGCAGGGAGAGGGAGAGAGGGAGGAGAUCCAGAAGCAAACAGAAGGAGAGUGACAGAGGGAGGAGAUCCAGAAGCAGAGAGGUGGAGAAAAAGAGGUGUUCCAGGAGCAUAGAAAACGAGAGGGAGAGAGGGAGGCGUUCAAGAAGCAAAGAGAAGGAGAGGGAAAAAGGGAGGCGCUCCAGAAGCAGAGAGAUGGAGAAAGGGAGGCGGUCCAGGAGCAGGGACAACGAGAGGGAGAGAGGGAGGCGUUCAAGGAGCAGAGAUGUGGAGAAAAGGAGGCGUUCAAGGAGCAUAGAAAAGAGGGACAAAGGAAAAGAGAGCGUUCCUCAGCGGACCAGACACGACUCCUCCUCAUCCCCUUCUCCUUCUCCUCCACCUAAACAGGAGACCAGGAGGGAAAGGAGCAGAGACCUUGAGCGGGAAAAAGACAGGAAUAAACUGGACAAAAAGACAAGACACGACUCCACAUCCCCCUCGCCUCCCCCGGAGAAGGAGAAGGCGAGGAGAGAGAGGAGUGGGGAGAGGGAGCGCAGGACUGAGAGAGAUCUGCCCUCAAGGCCGACGAAUGAGGGGGACAACAGGAGAUACGCUGGGAAGAGACAGGAGAGAGAGACGUCUCCUUGCCAACAGAAAAAUGACAGGAGGAGGGAUGGACAGCCGUCCCACAAUUCCCUGUCACCUGCCUCCCGCUCACCUGUCAACAGGCGCCAGAGAGAAAGGGAGGAGGAGAGGAGAAGAGAGGAAGACAGGGACAGGCAUGUGAACAAGCAGAGCGAACAAGACAGAGAGCGAGGUCCAGAAGGCAGCAGGAAGAGAGACGAGGCCCUCCGAUCUGCUGCAGAAAGCCGGCGAGACGGGUCGAGACCGGCGGAGAAAGCCAGACGCCCGGAGACGAACUCGAGCCAGGAGAAGACGAGGAGUCCUCCGAGAAAGGAGAAACGCGAUGACAAGGCGAAACAGGCUGAGAAAAAGAGAGAGAGCAGCAGUAGCGGCAGCAGCAGCGGCAGUAGCAGCAGUGACAGCGACAGUGACAGCUCCUCGUCCUCGUCCUCCUCCUCCUCUUCUUCAUCGUCCUCUUCGUCGUCCUCCUCUGAAGAUGAGGGCAAGGCGAAGGCGGCUGGGACGGCAGGGACGGAAAAAAGUAGCCCCUCGAAAGGCGCACCACCUGCCACCGGGGCUGCGGUCCAGAAGCAUGUAGCCAACGGCAGAAAGGAAAGCCCGGCCUCAGCCUCCGAGGGAGACGGACUCAGACGAGCCCAGAAGGACAGAGAGGCUGGAGGAGACAAACGUGAGCGGGAAAGGCCUUCUUCCCAAAGAGCUCCUGCUGAGAGUUACCCGUCCCAGGCCAAAGGUCAGGAACGAUACAGCCCUACUCAGAUGGACAGCCCCAGUCCGCCUCCGUCCCCGGCCCACAGAGCGGACGCCAGCCGAGGCAGCAACAGGUACUCCCCCUCCGAGGCCGAAACCGAGAGAACGAGGGCGGAGAAAGUCAGGGAAAGGGAGAGAGGGAGGGAGAGGGACGCAGCAAGGAGGCCAGCGAGGUCCAGUCCCCCGGCCAGGAGGUCCAGCCCCUCGGCCAGGAGGUCCAGCCCCUCAGCCAGGAGAUCACGCUCUCCUCCACCCCAGAAAACCUCAAACAUCUCCCCAGCCCGGCGCACUCCACCAAGGCAGUAUCAGGAACCCCCAACCCGAGCCAGGAGAGCUUCUCCUCCUUCAGCCUGGUCAGACCGGGACCGGGAUAGAGAGAGGCAGCGGGACAGAGAAAGGGAUAGGGAUAGGGAGAGAGAGAGGGACAGAGAACGCGAGCGGGUUGCCAGGAGGAGCAGGACAAGAAGUCCAAGAAGGCGCAGCAGGUCCAGGUCUAGAAGCCCGAGGAGGCGAAGCCCCCCCAACAGGACCCGUCGCUCUCCGUCUCCACAGCGGCGAAGGAGGAGCAGUCGCUCCCUCUCCAGAGAAAGAGCGAGAGAAAGGGAACAUGAGAGGCUCCGGCUGAGGGAGGCAGAGCAAGAGAGACAAAGGGAAAAGGAGCAUUUGCCACCAAAAGAGGUUCCACAACCCCACCGGUCCUCUUCCUCCUCAUCUUCCUCCAGCUCCUCCUCCUCCUCUUCGUCCUCACCUUCACCGCCACGAGAGAAGAAAGACACAAAAGCACUAACGGAGAGAGACGGAAGAACGGAGCGGGAUGUCGAGAAGGACAGAGAGCAGAAAGGUCGAUCCUCCUCUUCACAGGCCCCCUCCAGAGACUCCUCCCACACUCCAAGCUCAGGUAGAAGAGGCUCCCAGUCGGACUACAGGCGCUCCGUUGUGACCUCCAGGAGGUCUCCGGCUGGCAGCCGACCAGAAACCAAUCAGCCAUCACGAGGUUCAAGCGGGAAGCAGUCACCGGUGACGGCCCCCCAACCACCAGACCAAACAGCCAGAAGUGAGAGCGCCGUAAACGGGAAGGAGGCAAACGGGAACAAGAAGGCCAGCAGGAGCAGCAGCUCUAGCUCCUCCUCCUCGUCGUCAUCCUCCUCUUCUUCCUCCUCUUCAUCAUCCUCCUCUUCAGACAGCUCUGACUCCGAAGGGGAGCAAGGAAAAGGGAAGACCACCAAAGCUCAAAGCUCUCCUUCCUCAUCCUCCUCAUCGGAGAAUGAAAAGGAAACUAAGAAAAAGAGCCCCGCCAGGUCCGGGAGGGAGCCGGCUGAUUCCCUGAGGGAUUCUCGCUCACUCAGUUAUUCUCCUCCGAGAUACAUGAGAGCGCCGCCCUCGCCGAGCCGCAGGAGCGGCAGCAGACCGUCACCGAGCCGCUCAUCAAGCAGCAGACGGAAGAAAUGAGGUUAACCUCUUCAGACGCUGCACUUCUCCUUCUGUGUUUUUGUUUUUCCUUUUUCCUGUUCACCUCCAGCUGGUUUGAAAUGGACUACAACGCGGACUACAACGCGAACUACAACAGCCAGCAGCCCGGUAGAUGUGCGUCUGUGAACGUCAGCGGACUCGCUUCGGUUCUGAGCCGCUGACCAACCGAUCGGCAGCGCGCUUGUUUUUUACAGCAACGAUGAGUGGAGGCUGUACAUUUCUUCUUUUUAUGAGCUGAAUAAGACAGACACACACACACACACACACACACACACACACACACACACACACUCAGUUAAAUACUCUAACAACGUCCCUCUCUACCUGUACCGUUGGUUGCGUUCUACCUGUAGAUAUGAGCUGUCUGUAUUUUGGUUAUUAUCAUGUAACAGAUAAUCGAUUUCCAUUUAAUGUGAGCAGAAACUGAAACGUGGAUAAUUUCUUUGUUGGAAAUGGUUAAUAAAGCAAUUGUACAUUUUA